AUGGCCACAGCUGAUGGCCCUGCCCGGGUGCAUGACCGCAACGGACGCCGGCGCCCGUUCGCAAGCUGGAUGAAGCGACUAGCGAGUCUGAAAAACUCAACCGACUCACCCUCUACCCGUUGGUCCAACAAGCGCAAUGGAAUGUCCAAAACGAAGAACCGAGGCAUCAAGAACAACCCGUAUCCCUUGUCCGGGAACCCUCAACUUGCCCAGCAAUACACCAGCGACCGCGCUUCUUCCUCCCAUAUCAGUGAAGACCAAAGUCGAUGCCGAUCCCAUUCCCACAGCGAACCAUCUAUCACCUACUCUGGAUAUGAAAACCAGGUGCCCACCACGGGCGCUAAAUCGGCCGCGCCAACGAUCUCCACGAACGGCGAGACGGCGCUUUCUGAGGCUGCAUACUCGAAGGCUGGAACUAUGGCGACGGUCGGUGGAGGUGUUAGCACCAAUGGAGGGGGUGAAGGAAGCACAUUCUCGUCUCCGGCGCCCUCUGUGCGAUCGCUGGCGACCACGUUGACCACGGUGCAAUCGGCGGCUCCCUCGACCCAUAUUUACAACACUCAAAACCCUCAAUACCAAGGCCACCACCAUAGCCAUGCAUCGAGCUCCGGCACGCAGCAAGUGCAGUUCUCCCAGCCGUUCCCUCCAUCCCCAGCGACCGCCGUUCCACCUCAUCUUGCCCCGCAUGGCAACUCUGUCACGUACAGUGGCGCAACCGCGAACAACAUCCUUACCGAUAACGCUUCGAUCCUAACCCUCGCCUCUUCGUCGAAGCGUCGCCGACGAAACUCCUUGGACACGAAUGCCUCGGUCCGCGCUCUGGCGCCAUCAUCGGUAUUUGGUGGAAGCCGCGAAAGUCUGCCAUUGAGCGUCCUAAGCGGGGUGGGCGAGGCGUCGAACACAUCCGUCCUCAACGCCCCUGGUGUUCUUAGCCGACCGAGUCUCGUCGGACUGGCUAGUGCAGAACGAGCAAGCGUCUAUUCGUCGUCUGGCACUGGACCUAACGGCGAACGCGGCAGUUUCUACGCCAACAAACAAAGUCCCGUGGCUGGCGACGGUGCCAGUAUCAGAAGUGCCGGCCACUCGCAUGCGCGCCAGGACAGCAACACCGCCAGCAUUUCGGGUGUCGCGACACAACCCAUCCAACCUGGCCGAAUCAGCCGACGCAGCUCGGGAUGGGGAGAGAUUACAGGCGAUGACGAAAGCGUCGAAGAGAAGACGGAGACCAGAGAGGAGGACAAGGAAGAGGAAGAGAACAAGGAAGCGACUAAAACCACGGACCAGAACUAA